AUGCCAAAGCUACGCUAUAAAAAGGAGAAAAAAAGGCAUCACGAUCAUGACAAGAGCAAGAAGAAAAAGCAUAAAAAGAGAGGAGACUAUCAUGUACCACAAACUGCAUAUGAGCCAGAAGAAGGUUGGGUACCACCGAAUGCACACGAUCCAUGGGACGAAGAAGAAGACGAAUGGAGAGCAAAAAUGUUUGAUGCUAUGGGAGAGGACGAAGGUGGAGAUGGUUAUUUUUCUCGAUAUGAAUAUUAUCAACCUCAAGAGCAACGCAUGUCUGAUGAGGAAUAUCGUCAGCAUAUUGUAAGGGGCAUGUAUGAACGAAAGCACGCAGCAGAGAUUGAGGCGGAAAGAAUAUGGAAAGCUGAGCAAGAGAAAAAGAGGCGAGAAAGAGAGGAGGCAAGGAGAAAAGUGAUGGAAGAAGAAGCAGAACGAAGACGUAUAGAGGAGAUGUAUCGACAGAUAGAAAGAGAAAGACGGUAUCAGACAACGAUCGAAGACUAUGAUAAAAAGUGGAAGGAUCUUGAAGAGAUGAGUGAGAUCAAAAGAAAGGAUAUACCUUGGCCUGUCCAAGGAAAGAACUUCUCCUUUGACUCUGUUCGUUCGUUCUUUAUGAACAACAGUAAAGAAUCAGUCAGUGAUCUGAAAAAACGCGUUCGUCAAGAGCAAAGACGCUAUCACCCAGAUAAGUUCAUGACGAGAGUGAUGAGUCGAUUUAAAGGAUCAGAGGAUGACAAACAGCAAAUCAUGACACGUAUGAAUGAAAUUGCCGGAUGGCUGAAUGAAUUAUGGCAAAAAUUGUAA